AGUCACACAGCACAUUUCCGCACAUUUGCCUGUUUAUGUUGACUUUUUUUUUUUGGUCUCGGCGGCGGAGCGACUUUAACGUUCAACGUUUCAGAUUGAAAAAUUUCAAAAGCAGGAGACGAAAUGGCGUCUGACUCUCCACGGAGACCGAGCCGCUGCACUGGAGGUGUUUUAGUGCGAGCGCAAGCUGCUACGGAGCAGUCGUAUAUGGAGAGCGUGGUGACCUUCCUCCAAGACGUUGUCCCGCAGGCGUACACUGGAGCUCCGCCCACAGACGAAAAGGAGAAAGUCGUUUGGGUCCGAUUUGAGAAGGCAGACAUCAACGACACCGCACGGAACCCAGAGUUUAUGGAGAUGCACAGCGGGACGACGGACCCGCCUCUCUGCCUCCUGAUUGGCUACAGCGAUGGAAUGCAGAUAUGGAACAUUUCUUUGGCAGGUGAAGCCCAGGAGCUGUUCUCAGUCCGCCACGGUCCAGUAAGGACUGCUCGGAUCCUGCCUGCUCCUCAUAUCAGUCCUUUGAAGAUGGACAGUUUUGCUGACAAGAGGCCACUGCUGGGCGUUUGUAAGAGCGCCGGGUCCUCUGGCUCGAGCCCCCCCUACUGCUGUGCCGACCUCUAUUCUCUACGGACAGGAGAAAUGGUCAAAUCAAUCCAGUUCAAGACACCCAUCUACGACCUCCACUGCAACAAACGGAUUCUUGUUGUCAGCCUGCAGGAGAAGAUUGCCGCGUUUGACAGCUGCACCUUCACCAAGAAAUUCUUUGUUACAAGUUGCUAUCCCUGCCCGGGUCCCAGCCUCAACCCAAUCGCUCUGGGAAGCCGCUGGCUGGCCUACGCCGAGAACAAGUUGAUCAGAUGUCACCAGUCUCGUGGAGGAGCUUGUGGUGACAACGCACAGUCGUACACAGCUACGGUGAUCAAUGCUGCCAAAACUUUGAAGAGCGGCCUGACGAUGGUGGGGAAGGUUGUCACGCAGCUGGCAGGAACCAUCCCGGCCGGGACCCCAGACGAAGAGUGCACCCCCCACAGCACCAGCCGCCGCAGCCCCCACAGCCCCGGCGUAGUCACCGUCAUCGACACUCACAACGUCGGCGAAGGGCAGGUGCUGGUGAGCGAGGACUCGGACGGAGAAGGACUGGUGGCUCACUUCCCGGCUCACGACAAACCCAUAUCUUGCAUGCAGUUCAGUCCCAGUGGAAUGCUGCUGGUGACCGCCGACACACUGGGCCACGAUUUUCAUGUCUUCCAGAUCCUCACACAUCCGUGGGCGUCGUCACAGAGCACCGUCCACCACCUCUACACGCUGCACCGCGGGGAGACCGAGGCCAAGGUCCAGGACAUGUGUUUCAGCCAGGACAGUCGCUGGGUGGCCAUCAGUACCCUCCGUGGCACCACGCACGUGUUUCCCAUCAACCCAUACGGCGGGCCACCCUGUGCUCGCACCCACAUGUCCCCACGUGUGGUUAAUCGGAUGUCUCGCUUCCAGAAGAGCGCAGGCUUGGAGGAGAUUGAGCAGGAACUGAACCGGGCCGCUGCAUUAGGAGGAGGCACCGGAACGGGAGGAGGUAUAUCGGGAGGCAGCUGCAUCCUUGGCGGAGGAAGUGUCAUUGCCGGUCGUUGCAGCCCCAUACCCGGCCUCUCCAGCAGCCCCUCGGGAUCCCCGCUGCAUGGCAAAUUGAGCAGCCAGGAUUCAUACAACAACUUCACCAACAACAACAUGGGAAACCCACGGCUGUCCUCGCUGCCCAUCCUCACCGUGGUUCUGCCCCUGGCUCAGAUCAAGCAGCCCAUGACACUCGGAACCAUCACAAAACGGACUGGCAAAACCAAGCCACCGCCUCAGAUCUCGCCGAGUAAGUCCAGCAACGGAGAGUUCUGUGUGGCGGCUCUGUUCGCGUCCUCUCGGUCCUGGUUCAUCACCAACCCCAACAUGAAGCGAGAAAAAGAUCAGUCCCGGCAGUCUGUCGUGGACUCGCUCUACAUCAUCAGUUGCUACGGUAACCUGGUUGAGCACGUCCUGGAGCCUCGACCCAUAAGUACGGCUCAGAAGAUAAGUGACGACACACCAUUGGAGCUCAGUUCCUGUCCCCGGGCCUGCUGGAGCCUCGCCAGGACUCCGCAGUGGAACGAACUGCAGCCGCCCUUCAACUCCAACCAUCCGCUGGUGCUGGCCUCGGACCUGGUGCAGUACUAUCAGUGCCUCCUGGCUGCGGUGCCACCAGGAAGUCCAGGGCCAAUCACACGCCACGAGUCAUCAGACAGCCUGGCGUCCGACCACAGUGGGCAGGAAGACGAGGAGUGGCUCUCACAGGUUGAGAUUGUGACUCAUACGGGGCCACACCGGCGCCUCUGGAUGGGCCCUCAGUUUCAGUUUAAGACCAUCCAUCCUUCAGGCCAGACCACAGUCAUCUCCUCGUCAUCCUCAGUGCUGCAGUCUCAGGGACCCGCAGAUGUCCAGCAGCCUCUCUUGGACUUUGACACAGAUGAUUUGGAUCUGCACAGCCUCAGGAUCCAGCCGGUCCGUUCAGAACCUGUUAGCAUGCCGGGCUCUUCAAGGUUGGUGGCUGAUCGUCGAGGACAGACCAGCAUCUUGGACACCGGAUCAGGACCCUUUGAGGGGCGCGGCGUCACCCUGCUGGAGGUCUGUGGCAGCUGGCCGGAGAGCUUUGGCGUGCCGCGACACAACUCUGCUCGGGCGGACGUGAGUGACGAAGGCCUGAGAGAACGACUGGCCGACGCCAUGUCGGAGUCGCCCUCCCGAGACAUCGUGGGAUCCGCCACAGAGCUGCAGAGGGAAGGCAGCAUCGAAACCCUCAGCAACAGUUCUGGAUCCACCAGCGGCAGCAUCCCGCGGACCUUCGAGGGUUAUCGCUCGCCGCUGCCCACCAAUGAGAACCAGCCGCUCAGCCUCUUCCCCUCCCCCUUCCCUUAGACCCGCCCACCGAGUGAUUUUUGUCUGUGCUGUUAUCAGUGUUACUGUUUGAUUUAGUUUCAACAGACUGCUAAUUUUUAAGAUUGAUAACUUUUUAAAAUGUGAUCUUCUGAGGUCAGAAUUGUUUUUGUUUUGUUUUUCGGCUGUGAACGUGGUGCAGACUGUUGAUUUCUUUUCAGCUCUUUGAACUCUGUUUCUUUGACUUUGAUGUUCCUUUGUUCUGUCAUAAAGGUUCUAAUCAAACAAGUGUUCACGUUAGAAAAUGUGACACUUUGAUAAAAAGGAGAAUCAGUUUCCUGUUACAAAGGUUGUUUUUAUGUGAAACUUGUUUCAGAGAACAAGCUGUGACAUUGUCACGGCCACACUUUACAAAAAAAAAAGAUGACAUCAUAUGUUUAAUUUCUGACACUAAAGAGCCAUUUCAAUAUGAUUACUAACUUCACUGAUUCGAGGCCUGUGUCGAUGGCCCGGGUCGGACCAGUGUGUCAUCGACACAGGUCAGACCCCCAUCGAUGACAGAGGGGUCCGACACAAAUGAGUGUCUGCUGUGAUUAUUGUUCUGCGGCGCUGCAUUAAUAGUCUGUCCUUUUAGUGCGAACAUGACGUCCUGCAGAGAAAAUUUCAUGCAUUAAUCCUCAAAAACAAUCAGGAAUUAGACUGAGCCCACAGCUGCUCAGUUUUGGGUUAAAAACUUGCAGUUAGUUUGAUCUCAAACUAACACGAUCACUGAUGGUUUCCAUCUCGUUCGAUGUAUCUGAUCAGUGAAACUUCCCGAACACGCAGAAGAUGGAGGAAUGUGAUCAUGUUUCAGGGUUGCGUGUGUAGCGGUUUGUACCAGAGGUGAGCGCAAGUCACCGUCAAGUCAUUCUCAAGUCAUCAAUCUGCAAGUCCCACCUCAAGUCUGAAGUCAUAACAACCACCAAGUAUUUGACAGCUGACUUGAGACUUGCAGAUUGAUGACUUGGGAAUGAUGCGACAGUGACUUGCGCCCCCCUCUGGUUUGUACUCUCUCUCCUCUGUGUUGCGUUGUGCCUGUUGACUCCUCCCACUCACUCCUCUCCGGACGUGAAGUCACGAUUUUCCACGUGGGAGGCAAAUGCUCUCACGAGUCGGCUAAAACCCGGGCUCUGGCCUGAGAACCCUUUGGCUGUCGGGGGAUGAUGCCCAUUCACUGCUAUUGCACAGCGCCUCCUGCUGGUCCUCAUCACAUGUGCUUUGUCACUAAAUAACUCACUCAUCUUCAACCGCUUACUCCAAUUAAGGGCCGUGGGGGGUGGAGUCUAUCCCAGCCGUCAUAGAGCGUGAGGCGGGUUCACCCUGGACAGGAGGCCAGUCUGC